AAUAAGUAGGGGUAAGUCGUUGAGAAGAGAACGUCUCUCCCUCCAUAUGGCAGCCACGGUGGUAUUAAAGCGCUCGGUCGCCACCGUUAACAGCAGUGUCCGCCUGCGCAGCAGCGCGUAGCGUUGUGUUGUGUGGUGGUUGCGUACCUGAAAGCUUGAGGAGGCACACUGAGCACACGGACCUUCUGCCAGCGUUGCAUCGUCGCACACUGUUCGCCCUGAACGUCAGCUAAAGAAAAAAAGAGUCGAACCGUGUGACCACAAGGAACGUUCACCUGCCGCAAGUGGUACUGUCAUAGAGACGGCAAGGAAACUACUUGUGGAAGAGAAAGGGAGAAACGAAAAAUAAGGGAGUAACCAAGAGCGAAGAAAGGAUAGCAGAAAAGGGGAAGAAAGUACACACAAAUUUGCUCGGAGCAACGCGCCCAUCUUCUCGGAAGAAGAUGGCCUCGUGCUUCGAGGUGAUCCUCGUCUGCUGCAUCCUCGUGCUGCCGUUCCUCUACGAGACCAGUCGCACGUUUCGCUACUACUUCAAGUUCUUCGUAUAUUGCUUCGGCGUGUUAUUUGUCGCGACUAUGGUCAUGCCAAUCAUCGCGAUGCGGCCCCGCAACGUCAAAAAUUUCGUGCUGGGAUCGUGGUUUUGCCAAUACAUCAGCCCUCUAGUAGGACUGCGCUGGGAGCUGCGAGGAAGAGAACAUCUAGAGAAUGAUAGUGCCUGCAUAAUAGUGUCGAACCAUCAGAGUUCGCUGGAUGUAUUAGGGAUGUUCGAGUUAUGGCCAGUAAUAGAAAAGUGCACCGUCGUGGGCAAGAAAGAAAUCUUUUACGCGUGGCCGGUUGGUCUUGCCGCGUGGUUAUGUGGUAUGAUCUUUAUUGAUAGGGGUUAUUCCGAAUCUGCGCGAUCCGUUCUCAAUAAUGCCACGCAAAAACUUAAAGAUAACAAGGUAAAAGUGUGGAUAUUUCCCGAGGGAACUAGGCACAACACUGGUGAAAUUCAUCCAUUUAAGAAAGGUGCCUUCCACAUGGCUAUCAAGUCGCAGUUACCAAUUCUACCGGUCGUAUUUUCCUCCUAUUAUUUCUUAUCCGCGGAAGAGAAGAGAUUUGAUUCUGGACGCAUUCUCGUGACGACGUUGCCACCCAUUUCCACUGAGGGACUCGGCACAAAUGACGUAGAGGAGCUGAUACAGAGGACACGCAAUGCCAUGUGCGAAGUGUUCCACGCCGUGAAUCUGGAGAAUCAAACGUACCUCGCGCGGUAAGCCGCGUACCGAACGAUUGUAACCCGACAAACUGUAACCACCGGCAACUUCGUCUCAUGAGAGGAUACACACGAUGUUAGCGAGUAAGUCUCUAUGCGGCAACCAAAGACUAAGUCUACUAAUCGUUUCUGAUAUUCUUUCUUAUGUUGCUAUUACUAUUAUUCCUUCAAUUAUUAUUAUUAAUAUCCCCGUUGCGUGCCCGUGAAUCGGCAACUUCGGUGUGAAAAAUUUUAUACAUUAAUUAUUUAUUGUUAUUGAGAAUCACGUUAGAGGAAGAUUUAGACGAUUUUUGUCUUGUAAUCAUUAUCUGCUGAGUGGUAGUUUUAUCUUUUGAUAUACAAGCUUCAGAUCGAGCUACGGAUAAGCUUUUCCUUGACGUACAAAUUCCUCGCUGAACUAUGUUAAAUUUCCAAACUAAAGAGACAUAUACGCUUGUGUGUAUAUGUAUGUGUGUGUAUACAUGUGUGUGCGUGAUGCAGUAAAUACGUAUAGUCAAAUGAAAGAGUCAUAAACGUCACUAACAAAAAUUAUAAAUAACAUUCUUAAUUAAUUAGGUGUAAUUUACGUGAGGGUCGUCGGGAAACAACGUACUGUAAAGUAUACAGCACUUUACCGUUAGGGGCGAAUAGUGAGAUAAUAGAGAGAAAGAAGAAUUUUUUAACACGUACGUCAUGAUUUCUCAUAGAUUUACGAAUUGUAAAUAUGAUUCUCGUUAGAGUGCAUUUUAUAAAUUGUGGGAACAUUGUUAGCGUUUAUACUUAAUAACGAAUCGUACUAAAUUACAUUAUUAAAUAUAUUUUGCUAUGUAAUGUACGCUUGUACACUCCCACCCGUUUGUUAAUUAUGCUUCCACUUGUUUCCAUACGGUUAUCCGUAAGGAUUAAGAUACGCGUAACUAUUUGGCGAUUACGGAAGUGCACUUUAAUUUAACUAUCUAGUGAAAUGAAAGAAAGAAGAAUAAUAUGAAAAAAAAGAGAAAGAUACAAUUUUUACAUUUAUUUUAUCUCAUUCUCUAGACAAUUCUUUAAAACGACGUUACUUCCCAAUUUUAAUCGCUCGUCGGUUGUCAAGUGAUUGUUGUCUUUCAGUAUAUCAUUGAAGAUAAUACGAAAAAUAUCACAUGAAAAGAUAAUAUGUUUUAUCUCUAAAGUGUGGUCACGUUGCGCUACAAUGUACAAGAUGAUAACUGAUAGAAAACCCGUUAGGAGUAGGUAGGGGAUGCAAUUUGGAACUGAAAGUUCCUCUUCCAUUUUUGGAUCCGACAAUUAGUUAAUGAGAUAUUAAUUAAUUAAGUCUGCCAAUCCCUUAGCGCUCUAAGUGAGCGAUCAGGGACAUAGGACGCCGUGGAUUCAUUAAGGGCCCUGCUUGUCCGUUUUUUUCCCUUUUUUGUACACACAUACUAAAAUCAUUCACGAUACUCAACCACCGACGUGCAGAAAACAUUCAAGUCACCCACGCACUCGAAGAAAACAUACCACAUAUGUCCUUCUCCUCCGACACAUAAAGUGCAAUCACUCCGCCCAUUCGCACUAAAGAGAUUCAAAUUAUCCAUACACUCAUAAAAAACAUCCGUACACAUUACCUCUACACAUUGAAAACUUACCACCUUCCUAGCCUCGAUUAGGCACCCAUUCACACAUACACCCACUCACUCACUCAUGCAUAUUUAUUCCUCUGUGAUAUAAAAAAGAGGAGAAAAACGAACAAGCCCCUGACCCAUGGCGCCCUAUGACCCUAAGCGCUCACGUGGGGUGCUAAGAGAUUGGACUUAAUUAAUUAAUAUCUCAUUAACUAAUUGUUAGAUCCAAAAAUAGAAGAGGAACUUUCGGUUCCAAAUUUCACCCUUUACCUACCUUUAACGGGUGUUCUACCAAUUGUGGGACACCCUAUAUACAUAUAUAUAAAUCUUAGCUCGGUUGCAAUUGCAAUAUAAAGAAGUGUUAUGACAUGAGUCUCUUAACACUGGAUCUUAGUUCUCGGACACUCUGCGCAAACAUUGCAUUUAAUUAUAUAAUUAUCUUUUUGACGUAGUCAGAACGAAGUGUGACAGUUUCGUCACACACUAUCUUUUAUAUUUUAUUUCUAUGUUCAUGCCAUUUUUCUUCCGAUAUUAUUAUUAGAAUAUGAUAUACUAUUAAUCAAUGCAUUUUUUCUUUCUUGAUGAUGAAGAAAAACAAAAAUGUUUUAUGUAUAAUUAUAGAUGUUUGCUCAAAAUCACGUAUCCUACCAAAAUAAUAUUUAUUUAUAUUAUAAAACGUAAGAAUUUCUCAAAUAAUUUAAUCGAUUAAAAAUUCUCGUACUAUGUAUUGCAAUGUUUAUAAUUACGUCUAUCAAAUUUCUCGCAUAUUUUCUACCGAAUUACAAACGUAAUACAAUUUGAAGGCGUUAUUCAAUAGUAAGAUAGGAGAAGAUUUAUGUUUAUUUAACCACUCUGCGUUUACAUUUUCUUUUCCAAAUCAGUAUCAAAAUGGUUGAAUUUUUCCUGUAAAGUAAAAUAUUUACUAUUAUUUUUUAUUUAUAGUUUUUGGACCUGUUGAUCUCAAAUUUUUAGUCAGUUUCGCAAAAUUCAAAAUAAUAAAUGCAAAAUAGUGGACUUAACUGAUAAAUUCCGAAAUAUUGUGUUUAACAAUAUUUUUGUAAAACAAUUUCUGAGUUUUUUAGUAAAGAAAUAUAUUUUUAUUAUAAACUACAGUAAUAUGAUAAUUUUAAUUGUAGUAACUUGAAAUUAUUUUUUAAAUUUAGUAAAAUUGUCGCAGCCUUAGAAAAACUGUACAAUAGGUUACAUAGACAUUUUCUCAAACGGUUACAAAUUUUUGACAUCAGUAUCCUCGAAAACCCCCAAAAUAUUAUUCUUAUUUAAUAUACGUAACUAGAUAUUGUUUCCUACAUUUUCUUGUAAGUUUUAAAAAAUUAUUUUUUUAUGAUGUUUAAGUGAGCACGACGUUGCAAAAAGUAAUUUUACUACUAGUACAAUUAAUUACUAAAAAGUACAGUUCUUUAGCUUUAAUGUACAUGUAUUUUGAUAUGUUAAUAUGACGUCUGAUUAUUAAGUUAUAAAAGGAAACGUUAUCCCGGGUCUGAUUCAAGGUCAAGCGAAUUGGUAUGACUCGCUUACCCCGAACUCGGGUUAUCGCGCAGGGUGGUUAAGUAGAUAGUAAGCUAGUCUAUCGCAUUGACUUUCCAUAGCUUCUCAUAAUCUGUAAAUCGAGAUAUUUAAAUGAAAUAUCGCUGAGUGUAUCACACGAAUAUGAAUAUGUAUUUCGUGAAUGUUUUGAAAUAGCAAUUAUUUACGAUACGAAAACCACGCGAAUCUCGGUAUAUCAUUCGCAUGAGUGGUUUGAAAAAAUAACAAGUCAAAAAAAAGACUAAGUCAAAGAUAUGUUUACAUGUAUCUAUUUUAUAAGGUCUGUUUUUUGCAGCUGAACUAAUGCUCACUUUCGAAACUUAAAAGAAAACAAAUAUAUAACUGUGACUUGAUGUAAAAAAAAGAGAAAGAGAACUAGUGUAAACUAGUACAGCCAGUUUAACUACAAAAAAUAGACCAAUAGACGCGUAGUUGCGACACACCGAGAUAUUUUGGUUUACUCACACAGUGUGAUCAACAUUGCAAUGUGAUCUCGAGUUGUGUCACGAGAUACAAGUUGUAUUACUAUCGGGAUAAAUGUUUCAAUACGUGUAUGUAUCUGUUAAGUGCCAUUUUUAGAUCUUGUAAGAUACACUUCUCUUGUUACGGCUACUAUUAUGUGUUACCGUAUUGUCAUAAAAUAUACUUUGCCAUGGUGAUAUGGAUUUAUCGCUGAUAUUUUUAUAUUACAAUUAAAAUCGUCGAGUCUGGUGAUUGCAGCGAUAACUGAGAUACUCAAUUUCGCCUCUGUUGAAUUGUACCAUUAUUAGUUGGCGACAGAUAAGAACUCGGCCGAGAUAACGAUAAUUUAUUCACACACUGAAAGAGUGAAAGCCAACACAUUCGAAUAGAGGAAGUACAUAAUCCACAAAGUGAUAAUCGGAAUUUUUGAUCACGUUAGUUCUUCACGAUCACGUUAGGUGCAAUCGUUGUAACCAUUUGAAAUAUUCUUGAAAGGACAUCGUUAUAACAUAUUAGUGUUAUCUUCCUGAUGAAUAAAAACGCACAAUUUUCAGCCGAGCAUCAGCGCUGCGUUAAUAUACAAUCUCUAGCAUAAUCGAGUAAUACUUUAUGCAUGAAAUAGAGAUCUUAAGUAUGGAAAGGUUUUCCAGUCUGAAAGGAAGAAAAUCGAAGAAAACUUUUUCGUUUCUUCGACUUUACAUGACUUUAGCGUCUGUGUCAUGGAAAAUAACAUAAGUUUAAUUAUAAAUGUGAUGUUGGCACGUGUUGCUUAGUUUUGCAAGAGAUGUAUUCGUCGCGAAUCGCAUCUGUGUGUCUGUAAACGGAGAUUCACGGCAAUGUCAUUCUGCAGAGAUUUAUCAUGUCAGUGCCAAUUUGCAAAGAGCAGCAGCUGAUCACACGAUAUAGUUUAUAGUGCAAGUGCAUCAUUCCAGUCUUACUUCGAAUGAAAGAAAACCAAAUUGUAGAUUCGUGAUUUCUUGAAUGCAAGUGUAUCGAUUGUAUUAGUCAUAUAGUGAAAAAAAAAAGUCAAAGUGAGAGAGGUAAAGCUAGUGUUAGCUCGUUCCAAAGAAUUUUGUACUCGAGCUGUGUAUUUGUUGCGUAAUAUCGAUUAAUCGUCAUAUCUGAUUGAACGAACGCUCAGCGAACGCUGAUCGACAACCGAGAGAGAAAGAAAAGAGAGGAAAAAUCAUGUAAGAGGGAUCCAACGAAUUAUUAUAUCGAACGUCACGUAAAAUCUUUUUAUUUAUCCUGCGAAACAAAAUUUCACAACUGAUUCAGUUUACUAAAAAAUGUUUUGUACAUUAUCGACCACGAGAAGGUAACAUAUAAUUAAUUGCGAUGUAAAUCAAUACAUGGUUUGCGAGAUGUAUAAGAACAGAUAAUAAAGAUAUCGAAAUUUUAGUUAA